UCUGCUUGCUUAAGCAUCCCCACUAUGAACAGCAGCCGGCCCGUUGAAUUCUUCAUCCUGGAUGGCCUGAAGGAUCGAUACAUGCUUCCCUUUGUCUUCACCCUCUACAUUUCUAUUCUGAGCGGAAACAGCAUGAUCAUCUAUCUCGUUCGGACCGACCCCAAGCUCAACACCCCCAUGUACUUUUUCCUUCACAAUCUGUCCUUCUCUGAUAUGAUAUACACAUCGUCGACCAUGCCCAAGAUGCUGUCUGUGAUGCUGACUGGAGUCAAAACCAUCUCGAAAACAGAAUGCUUUAUACAAAUGUACUUUUUUCUUUCUAUGGCAAUGACAGGACGUGCUAUGCUGACCAUGAUGGCUUUUGAUCGCUACAUAGCCAUUUGCAACCCCCUGCGGUACACGACUAUCAUGACCAAGCGUGUGUGUAUUCUGUUGGUGUUUGCUGCGUGGGGUUUUGGGGUUAUUAUCGUCCUGCCCUCGGCAGUCUGGGCUACUCAGGUACCUUACUGUGGGCCAAAUGUAGUUAAACACAUGUUUUGUGAUUUCUCAUCUGUUGUAGUCCUAUCCUGUGCUGACACCACUAGAAACAGCAUUGUGUCUCUAACAAGCGCUCUCUUUGGGAUUAUCAGUACGUUCCUUCUAAUCUUAACUUCGUAUAUUUGUAUCGGCAGAGCGCUCCGAAAAAUGAGCACGGCAGAUCAGCUUAAAGCUCUAGCCACGUGUGUGUCCCACCUAAUAGUUGUGUGCAUUUCGUACGUGUCAGCCACUUUCGUGUAUAUUUCCUAUCGGGUGGCAAAAUUUGACCCGGAGGUUCGUAUAAUCAUUGCUCUGCUUUACAGCAUCCUGACGCCUUUAUUGAAUCCCAUCAUUUACAGCUUAAGGAACAAAGAGCUGCAAGGUGCAAUAAAGAGAGCGUUUUGCAAAUGUGUAACUGCUUCAAAUAGGCCUACAGUCGGGAAAACUGUGCCCUCCAUUACAAAGUGA